GUGAGAUGCAACUCAGAAGGACACGCUCAUAGAGGCAAAGUUAUGGCACGGUCAUCCCCGGACAAACAGGUCCCGCAGCAAUUUCUCUCUGCCAAAAAGUACUUUACCGGUGACGCGCACGCCUUUCUAGGACGCACAAACCCGGAGCGAGAAAACCAAAAAUUACGCUUGAAAUUAAACUAAUUGAACAUAGCGGCAGAAGCUGGUCGAGGACUGAAGGAUAUUUCAGGGCAACAGGCCUGCAAAGUGAAGAUAACAACUAGCUCACAGCUACACACGGUGUAAAGCUAAUCUUGAUGCAGUCAUAGUUAUAAUUGCCCUUCAACCAACCAGAAUGCCAUUUGGAGAACCGGAUUUCUGAGUUUAUUCUUCAGUCCCAGGGCCCUCAGGUGUCACACCAAACCAGCAUUCACAGUGAAACCAAGGUAACCAUGAACCUGUUUAAGAAGGAUGCCAUGACCACGAAGAAGGAGAAGGAAAUAGAUAUCCAGUAUGAGGAUCCUCCAGAUGGGGGUUGGGGCUGGAUGGUGGUGCUGCAUUGCUUCCUGGUAAAUAUCCUCGUAAUGGGAACACUGAAGAGUUUUGGGAUCUUCUUUGUGGCUUUCCAAGAUGAUUUUGGAGGCUCAUCUGAGAGCAUCAGCUGGAUUGGUUCCAUCAUGUCCAGUUUGCGUCUGUCUGGAGCACCCCUUGCCUCUGUGGCCUGUGCCAAGCUAGGAACCAGGGCGACCUCCAUCGCCGGGGCAGUGCUGGUUAGUGGAGGCUUCAUCAUGAGUAUUUUCGCCAACAGCGUGGUGUACCUCUACAUCAGCAUGGGAGUGAUAGUUGGAAUUGGUUUUGCACUACUAUACCAAGCCUUCUCUGUGGUCACAGCGAUGUACUUCCGAAAGAGGUUAGCGACAGCUUAUGCAAUUGGGCGUUCUGGGAUGGGUUUGACCUUUGCCCUUGCUCCCUUCACUCAGCUGCUCCUGGACAAGUAUGCUUGGCAAGGCGCAAUGCUGAUUCUUGGCGGUCUCAUGCUGAAUCUGGUGGCUACUGGGAUGCUUCUGCGACCAAUCAAUGUGAAGCCUUCCGUGUCCAGCCCUACCUCUUCUCCCAUUCAAAAGAGCCCGGCUGUUUCGCUCAAGAGCUCCUCAGAGAAGGAAUACACUAAGAGUUGUUUGAAUGGCUCCUCUCACUUAUCCAAUGGCAUCUCCAAAGCAGACUCAACCCCGUCCCCUCCUCCCCCUCACAGGGACACUGAGAACCCGGGGGUCCAGUGUACUCCGGGGCUUCCUGACCAGUCAGCAAACCCUGAACUGACCAGACUGGUCCUUAAUGGUGUAAAUGGCCGUGAGUCCAACAAUGACUUGUGUCAGUGUAAGCCCACAACACCAGACAACUCAGCGGAGGUCAAUGGCAGCAUGAAUGGGUCCACCAUUGUUGGACUGACGUCGCAUGCCAGCACACCGAGUGAGGUGGCCGUCACAAAAGCCAAAGUUUUGGACUUCUCCCUGCUGAAGGACCCAUUUUUUUGUAUCUAUACUUGGUCCUUGGUCUUCAGCCAGCUGGCCUACUUCAUCCCCUUUCACCUAUCUGCCAGAGCCAGAACCCUGGGCAUCGGUGCCAUGGAUGCUUCCUUUAUCAUCUCUGUGGCAGGUAUCACAGAGACAAUCGCACAGCUGGCUUCGGGCUGGGUGACAGACAGGAACCUGCUCCAUAAAUACCACUACCACAAGGCCUACCUUAUCCUCUGUGGCCUAGUCAAUCUUCUCUCCCCACUGGCAACCUCCUACAUCCUGCUGAUGGUGUACGCAAUCUUCUUCGCCAUCUUCUGUGGUGGAUACAUGGCUUUGCUGCUGCCUGUUCUAGUAGAUCUUGUUGGGUCGGACAAACUCAACAACUCCAUGGGCUUCUCCAUGUUCUUUGUUGGCCUUGGUUGCCUCACAGGACCUCCUUUGGCAGGCUUCCUGUACGACUACACUCAGACUUACGACUGUUCUUUCUACCUGGCUGGGCUUUGCUAUCUGCUCUCCUCCGUCUCCCUGUUCCUGGAGCCUCUUGCUCAGCGCUGGAAGGCCAGAAACAAAGUGACCCGGACCACAACAGUGGAAAGCAGCUGUAAGACCAACGGCUGCUUCACCCCCGACCCCCUGCAGAACGGCGUUGUGUAGGAAUGAAUCCAGGGAAGGCCUGCAAUCUUGAACCAGCAUGCUCAUAACUUGCCGUGGGCUCGCAUACCUUGGACUUUGGUCUCCAGCUUAAAGUCGGGACCCAAGGGACCCUUAUUUCAGCAGCAGUGUAACGGGCCGAGAAGACCACAUGCACCACACACCAUGUCUGAGAACAUGCAAUAGUCAGGAUGAUGAACUUUCUAAAGAGCCAAAAUGUGUUUUUUGCUAAAAUAUUUUACCCCUUAUUCAUGUUCUUAUAAGAGGCAUAUGCAUCCAAACUAAAGAUAAUCCCAUAUAUAUAUAUAUAUAUAUAUUCUCCAGCACAACUCAUUAGUUACUUUGCAACAAUAACUUUUCUAAACACAACACAUCUUUUCAAAUACAAAAUAAAACAAAAAACGUUUUUCACUUUGCAGUAUCUUUGCAUUGCAUUGUAUAUUGCUGGAAACUAAGCUAUGCUUGAAAUCAUGUUAUCCACAAUCCUCCUCUAUUGUCUGUGAUGGCAUCCAUGAACAAAUACUCAUUUAUUUUCUACAAACCUUCACUCACUGGCACGCACUUUUCAAUAUGCUUCAAUAAAUGUCCUUCUUCUCACUGCCAGACGGUUAUAGGUGGAGUCGGCAAUUCUGGAAAAAGGUGGUUGAUAUUUGAAGUCAACAAAAAACAACCCCUCCUUCCCCCGCCUUUCACACACUGUAUUACCCCAUGUUGCUGAUUAGCAGUGUUCUAUGGCCAUUAAUCUUUCUCAUUUACAGAGCCAGGGCUGUUUAUGUUUUUUUCAUUAAACAUGACUGACAGCUAGUCUGCCUUGAGCAUUAAUUUACCAAAUUUGAAAAAGAGUGUAUUGUACGAGAAUCUCUGAAUGCAUCUUUAAGAUAUUUGGCAUUCAUUUAAUUGCAGCCUACUUUUUGGACACAAAAUGUAACCUGCUCUUUAAAGCCAAAAAGGAGCAACUGCUUUAGUCAUUUAAUCUCUUGCACCAACAAGUGUGUUGUGAGCACAGGGGUAUGGCAUGUGCUACUAUUUAGAGGUAUAAUCAUAUUCUUGUAUUUAUGUCUUUAUUAUUCAUAUUAUAGACGCUUCUCUCGUCCUUUAAUUAUUGCAGCAUGUUGGACAAACUAUUCAAACUUCAAAAUCUUUUACUUUCAUCUCUUACUGUUCAACGGACACCUGAAGGUAACUCAUUUGUAAUUAAAACUGACAUAAUUCGUAUCAAUGCUCACAUACUAUCCACAUAGUGAACAUGUAGCAUUUUACAGGUGACACUUCAACUUUCCUUUUCCACACGACAGUUCAGCUGCUUCGCUUUCACUUCAGCUGCCUUCAUCUUUUACUCUUCAGCUGAUAGUGUAACCACAUUAAUCAGUUGAAUAAAAAUUGCUGCCAACAGGGAACAAAAUGGGAAAUUUUAAUUGCUUUCAGUCCCAACAGUGAUUUCAGCUUCCUAUCUAAAACGUACACUGAUGUCCCCUCUGCUCCUUCGAAUGCUUACACUUGAGAUGACAGUUCAACCCUUUCGAUCACUUUUUAAUCCAUCUACAGUUUGUACUUUUUUAUUAUCUCAAACUCAGUAGUAACAUUUUUAAAUAAUUAGAAAUACUACAAACCAGCCUUUGCCUCUUUCUCUUUGUGGGACAAUAAUGAUUUAUUUGAAUGGUUUUUCGAAUCCAUUGACACUUCACAUCAUGCUUUACCUCCAUAUAACGAAACGGUCACGUCUAGCUCAUCUUUUGUGAGCGGUUCUAUGCAAGUGCACACAGAGUUCUUUCAUUGACAGCUCACUCGCACAUCAUCUGAACGUAGCACAUACACUGUUAGGAGAGAUGUGUUUGCCUGAGAUUUAGGAAUGCUUCCUACAUAUGUUGAUCACAGUUGUAUUGCUGUGUAGCAGGGUCUUCUGUGUCAUUGUUUUUGUCUGUAAAUCACUGAAAAACUAUGUUAUAAAGGCAUUUCUCACAUAUUGCCCAUAUAAACUGGACUGGUUUUAAACUGUUGCCCAGCCUUAACAGUGCCUGCAGGCAGCCAAUGAAUGGAAAUGCAAUGUAUAAUUAUAUUUUGUUUAUAUAUGGUAGUUUGAUCUUUUUUUAUGAAGGGUUAUCUGUGUUUUCUGAUGAAUUCUUUGUUUUGUACCACUGUUUGCCUUACAAGGUACAGUAUUGUAUCUUUACUAACCUUCCUGUGAUGUCAGCCAAAGACACAUUAGAGACCUACCUACAACUUGAAAUGUAGUACAAGUACAAUUAGAUUGUACUUUUUUAUGAGUAUAGACCACCAUGACCAUCUUAGUUCAUUACUUUGAAGUCUUAACUGAGGGCCCAGCAGGCAGUGAUAGAGAUGGGUUUUGUAAUGCUGCCCUCUCGUGGCGGAGGAAAACCUCUACUCAAAGAAUGCUGCCUCAAUUAGUACCACAUUAUUCCCCCUCAUCUCACUUUCACAAUACUGAGCAAGGCUCUUUGUAUUGUUUCAAUAACGACAGUCAUGCACAAAAGCUGUUUUGGCUCACGAGUUGCAUUCACCAUCUGUACGCAUGUGUGAACGAGGGCCCCUGAAGUAAAUAUUUUAUGCAAUGUUUUAGAACAAUUUAAAAUUAGAUAUCGGUUUGGAACUAUAGGAAUGCAGUAUACUUGCUUCUGUGUAUUUUAAGAGUUAAUGUCUUGGUCCCCUUUGGUGUUGUCUGAAACUUGAUGGAGUUAUCUUUGUUUUUGUUGCAGCAAAUGCAUUUAUGGGAAAUUAUUGUUUUGUCACUACUCUGGCUCCUGGGUUGGUGAACUGAUAUUUUAGAACAUAUGUUUAAUCAAUCAUAGAUAUCCUGUUCCAAGUCCUUAGAGUCCAUUUUGUAACAGAGCGCAAUAAACUGAUAUGUUACUCAA